UUGGAAGCGGGCCCAGCGAUUGGCGCUGCCGGCACGGCCGCCCUUUGCCCCGCCGUCGGGGACGGUGGCCGGCAGGAGCGAGGGUGCAGGGAGCUGCCAUGGAGGACGGGAAGUCUGCUUCGCCGCCUGGUGCUGACGGUGGGGAGGAGGAAGAUGACUUCGGAUACCGGCUUUUCCCCGAUCGCAAGAAGGAGCCGCAGAGCUUCCUGGUUCGCAGCCUCUUCACCUUCCACAACAGGUGCCAGGUGAUGCUGAGGAUGACUCUGGAGACGAAUCCGUAUGCUCAACUGCUUAUUGCGGCCAUGAAGCAGUCUGGCUGCACUGUUUUCAAUGAUCGGCACUUUUCUUGUGAAAACUGUGAUGGCUGCGUCAGUGGAGGUUUCGAUUCUGCCACUUCUCAGAUUGUUCUGUGUCAGAACAACAUUCGCCACCAGUCCCAUAUGAACCGAGUGGUUGCGCAUGAAUUGAUACAUGCUUUUGAUCACUGCCGUGCUCAUGUUGACUGGUUUAAAAAUGUCAAACAUUUGGCCUGCUCAGAGAUUCGAGCUGCUAAUCUCAGUGGAGACUGUACACUGAUGAAUGAAAUAGCUAGGUUUAAAUUUGGAUUGAAAGGACAUCAUCAGACCUGUGUGCGAGACAGAGCAAUUCGUUCCAUUCUGGCUGUUAGAAAAGUUAGCAGAGAGACUGCGGAAAAAGCUGUGGAUGAGGUUUUUGAUACCUGCUUCAAUGAUCUGGAACCAUUUGGGAGAAUCCCGCACAGUAAAACAGAUGCAAAACGUGCUUAUAAAGACUUCCUGAAUCGAGAUCGCUACACUGCUAAUUUGUAAAGGAAAAACAUGAAAAACUAUGUUCAUAACUGGUAGUUCUGUAACAUCUGGAGUUACAUCUACACGCACAGUGCUGGUGGAAAGGGGCAGUUCUUUCGAAUGUAUCAAUUCAUUUUGUAAAUUUUUUCCAGGAGCCAUCUCCUGUUGAGGUAAAUGACGUAAAUGAACUAGACUAAACAUACUGUCUUUCCUCACUUGUUCCAGCAAGAUCAUUUAGUGUAUCAAAUUACUUGGCAAAUAAUGAUCUGCGUAUUUCAGUGCACAUUUAAUUCAGUUAUUGAAUAAAUUGUUUCAUAAAAAUCUUCAGUUUUCCAACAUCUUUGAUAAAUAGUCAUAAAUUUGAUGAUGGUUAUCAUUCUGUUUGAAAAAAUGGGCAUGUAACUACAGCUCUAUAUGUAUAUUUAACAGCUGAAGCUAAAUCCAAAAUGAACUGCCACGUAUAUCUCAGAGUCAGUCUUUGAGCACCUCUGAAAUCACUGGAAUUCCACCUUGUCUAAUGUCAGUUGUAACAUAAAACCCUUUUACGUAUUAGAAAUUUGACUAGCAGUCAAAUUACCAGGCUUACCAGAUCAAACCUACAAACUGGGUAAGCAUUGUUAAAAGAGUCUCCACCAACCAGUCUUACACAAAAAGUUUGUGUAACUCUAAGACAGGUAAGUUCAUCUCUUCAUCUGAGAAAGGUGGAAGCUCCUAACUUCAUCUUAAAUCUUAGAGAAGUUGUCUAAUUCUGUUUUUAUUUCCAAAUGCAGGGUAUUAUAUUAAUUGUCUUGGACCCUAGAAAGCCAUAUUUUCUUCUUUUUCUUGAAAUAAGAAAUAAGAGUCUACCACAAGUACAGUACAGUUCACUGAAAGAAUGGAGAUAUGGGUCCUCAGUCAAAGGGCUUGUGGGUAUAGCUGCUAGAAAAAGUUACUGGGUCAAGACUGAAGUGUCAUACUUAGGUCCACAAAGCAUCAAACAGUCCUCUGAUUAUUAUUGUUUCACACUGAUUGCCAAAUAUCUUAGGCCUUCAACUUGUGGUGAGUGGAUUUGUUUGUUUGUUUAUUUAUUUAUUUUUACUGGUAGUAUUAGUUCUCCUCAAUGGAAUUGCUGAGAUUGGAAAACUGAUGGAGACUAUCUCUCAACCACACUGUAUAGAGCAGGGUAAACUAGGUCAGGUUUUUUAGGAGCAAGUUUAGUUGCCUUUGUAUGCGUAUAUGGAUGGAGACUCAGAGUAAUCUUUUCCAGUAUUUAAUAGUGCUUGUAGGUACGUAGAUAUGUAUUGAAUAUUUAAAUGGAAUUCCCAUUAUUUCAGUUUUUGCUCAUUUCCUCUCACCCUUGGCACCACUGAGAAAACUGGCUCAGUCUUUAUUUCUACCCUUAGAAUCAUAGAAUGAACCUAUUACUACACAUUUAGAAACUUAGAUAGUUCUUUCUCUGCUGUCGAUAAGUGUGUUUUUGUUUCUCACUGAUCUUAGAGACAUAGGAUUUCUGAAAGCUCAUCUUACUAGUAAAUACUGAGUCAAUGAAGUCAUCUAGUCUUUUUCAUGUCCUUUGUCACUAAGUCCACUAUAUUGUUUAGUGCUGGGCUCACGUUUUCCUUAUUCUUCCCUUUUUAGCUGUUAUUCCUGUAUCCUGUGUUGUUGCUUUCUAUGUUCCCUGCCAGAUUCAACUUCUUUUUUAUUUAUUUGUUUAUUAUUUUUUUUCUGGCCUUUCUAAUGCCAUCCCUGCAUGCUCAGACAGCAUUUCUGUAAGUCCUCCUGAAUCACUCAACUGUGCUUCCACCUACUGUGCUUCUUUUUCACACUUGAGUUUUGUCACAACCUCCUUAUUCAGCCAAGCAGGUCUGCCAUCUUUUCUUGGCUUGCAUAUAGGGAUUGAUCAUUUUUUAAUUUUGAGGACUUAAUCCUUAUAAGUCAUCUAGCUCUCAUUGGCCCAUCUUUAGGACAUUGUUUCUUUUAAAACUCUGAAUAGAUCCCU